UUGACACUUCCUAUUCAUCUGCCACGGUCCCUCCUAUAGUGCAGAGAGGACGCGGACAUCAGCGCACCCCCGCAGCGCUUUCGUCGCGCUGUCCAGCAGUGAACCCCAAUAUUGUUUUGCUUCUCGUAAAAGUUGACUACGCCCUGAGGCUCACCAAAACCGAGCCACAAAAACAGCCAUUUCCUCUUGGUGGGGAGGUGGGGGGGGGGGCCUUUUCCUCACCGCAGUGGCUGUUCUCGUCCCGGCACUCACAGCUCGACUCUUCUGAGAGGGACAGGGCAGAGCAACCUCCUCGAGAUACUCCGGACUUGCAAAUCACCUUUGGGAUGACCGCAUUCCCCUCUGGCUCGGCUUGGCUUUGAGAGGAUGAUAUCUGUCACCGUUUGCAGGAUAUUCUGAAGUUUGCGCCCAAACGUAGGCUUUUGGAGCAGCACUGGUUGGCUUGGAAGACUCAGCGCUCGGCAGGCUAUAGGGAGCAUCCCAUCCCACCUCUUCUACCCCACCUCAGCUCAGGCUCUCCUGCCCUGAGACUGGAUUCUGUCUGGAUUCACCCCAUCCAACACGGAAUGGACCUCCCUGUCAUCCAGUUCACCACGAGACUGGCAUUACUUAUCAAAGUGCAAGAAGGCGGAUAAGUUAACGCUGGGAAGGACGUAACAAAGCUUCUUUGUGUUCUUAUUUUAUGGAAUUCUCCUAUCUACCUCACAAAAUUAUCAUUUCCUUGGUCAGAAAUCCCUCAGGAAUUGACUUCAAGAAUGAACGGUGAUGUCCUCUAGUGUCCCAUAACACCCAGCGCAGCUGCCUGUUCCCAGCCCAAUUUCAAUGUGCUGCAACUGACUGGGACCUCGUGUUGUCUGCAAUUAGAGUCUAGCAGCAAGCUGACAGUCAGAUAUGACUGUCCAGAAACUGGUAGCCACAGCUGUGUUGGUAGCUCUGGUCUCACUCAUCCUUAACAAUGCGGCUGCCUUUACCCCCAACUGGGUGUACCAAACGCUGGAGGACGGGCGCAAGCGCAGUGUGGGGCUCUGGAGGAUGUGCUGGCUGGCAGAGCGGAGCAGAGGGGCUGCGAGCACCAGUGCCAGGCAUGGGCAAGGGGAGCAGCAGGAGUGUGAAGCCCUGGGCUGGGGUUCUGAGUCAGCUGGGUUCCAGGAGUCACGCAGCACUGUCAAACUGCAGUUCGACAUGAUGCGCGCCUGCAACCUCAUUGCCACAGUGGCUCUGACUGCUGGCCAGCUCCUCUUCGUCCUGGGGCUAAAGGAGCUCCCCAUCAUCUCCCAGGAUACCCAGUGGUGGGAGGAGGCCAUAGCUGCUGUGUUUCAACUUGCCAGUUUUGUUCUGGUUAUCGGACUGGUGACGUUCUACCGUAUUGGACCAUACACCAGCCUCUCGUGGUCCUGCUACCUGAACAUCGGAGCCUGCCUCCUGGCCACCCUGGCAGCUGCCAUUCUCAUCUGGAACAUCCUGCACAGGCGUGAGGACUGCAUGGCGCCCCGGGUCAUUGUCAUCAGCCGCACCCUGACUGCUCGCUUUCGCCAGGGCUUGGAAAAUGACUAUGUUGAGUCACCGUGCUGAAAGAGCACACUUGAAAGGCAAAAGAUCUCCAAGGAGAUCUGCAUUGGAGUUAUUUUCUAUAAAUAUAUGCUAUAAUUUAAGGGUUGAAAGACAUCACAACGUUCACUUGUGUGGGCAGAGGCCUUCGAUCAUUAUUCAGAUGGGCUCCAUCUAUAUACACAUGUAUAAUA